UCCGUUACGUCCACUGCCGGGAAAGCAGCCGUGCGUUUUUCUCUGUGUCGCCGCCGGGACCGAUUCGCCUAAAACUAUGGCCACCGCUGCUGUGCCUGAGUGUUGCGAAGAACUGCGGGUACCCGGAUCGCCACAGCCGUAUGCUAGCCGCGUACGGGGUUCGUGGCGCGAUUAUCUCGACCCUCCCUACGACAUUUGUUGUACCGACGACGAUGCCGAUUGUUGUUCUUCGGACGACGACGACGACGACCAUUAUUGUAGCGAGAACGACGAAGACGAUUGUUCGUGCUGUUCGCUGUGUUCUUCGGGUGGUAGACGACAUACAUCGCCGUCACCCCCGCGAUCCCUUUCGCCACCCGUCUUUGAACCGUCUAUGCGCGGAUCCUGUCGGUGUAUACGCUGUCAAAAGCGUCGGUAUUCGCUGGACUUCUUUAGGGGUACUGACUUCAGACGGGGUAUUCCUUCGCCCAACGUUUACAUGAUAGACGAGACGGACAGUAAAAUUGUGCACGACUACAUACACGACCGAGAUUUGGAUAUAGGUCAUCGACCAGCCAAUGUCGUGAAGGACAAAAAGUUGAAUUUUGUUACCUGGGAGCCAUACUUUUGCGUCUUACUUCAAGACGAACAAACACUCACUGCUUACAGAAGUGAAGAAUUAUCUAUUUUCCCGGGGACUGCGCUAAGGACAAUAACGCACGCUUUUAAGAUCGGUGAUUCUCUCUUUGUCGAUUUACCACGAGUAAGAUUAGAUGGAGGUUCAAAAAAAUUUCGACAACGAUGGGGUUAUGAGCUAAUUAACCAACCACCAGUUUUAUUGGAAGAAGACGAAGAAGAUGAAGAUCAAGUCGCUGAUAGCCAAUCUUUGAGGGAAACGAGUUCAAGACCUAUGUUUGAACAGUCGCCAUUAGACACGUCGUACGAAAAAGCUUGUCGCAGAGGAAGUGCCCCUUCCACACCCGUGCUGGGCAACAAUAACAGAUCAUUGGAACUAACGCCCUCGAGGAUUGUGAAUUUCUUCUCCAAACGUUCAUUUCGAGCAAACCCGUUAAAGAGGACCAAGAGCGUGACCAAGUUAGAAAGGAAAAAAGCUCUAGAAAACGAAGGAAAUGCUAGUCCCAUUGGUCCGCGAUUGAGAACUUCUCGUUCACACGAAUCUUUGUUGUCAAGUCAAUCACAGAGUAUCAUGCAAUCAUUAGACCUAAGUAACGGCAGCUGUGUCGAAAUAAAACCGUUGCAUCCGUCGGUUUUGGGCAGAGAGAACUGUUUCCAAGUUACUUUGCCGGCCGGAAACACUCGGUACUUUUCAUGUCGAACUGCUGAAGAACGUGACAAAUGGGUGUACAGUUUGAGGAAGUCAGUACAACCUGAUCAAGAACACAUUCGCCGUACAGAAAAUUCCCUUAAAAUUUGGAUAUUAGAAGCCAAAGGAUUAGUAAAUAAGAAGAAAUACUUCUGCGAACUGUGCUUGGAUAAAACCCUAUUUGCACGGACUUCGUCUAAACAAAAAUCUGAGUUGUGCUUUUGGGGAGAACAUUUCGACUUUAGUAGUUUGCCUCAAGUGAAUGUAAUAAACAUACAUUUAUAUAGAGAAGGAGAAAGAAAAAAAAAGAAAGACAAGAGUUUCUUAGUUGGUACCGUCAGUAUACCAGUUCAUGAUGUUACUUCGAGAUUUCUUACUGAAAAAUGGUAUCCGGUGGUAACUGAAAAAAACUUAAAGGAUCCACCAUCUUUAAGAGUAAAAUGCCGAUUUCAAAGUGUUGAUAUCUUACCUGUUCAAAUUUAUCAAGAAUUCUUACAGUAUUUGUGUACUGAUUAUAAAACAAUCUGUGAAAUUUUGGAACCUGUUGUUGGAGUCAAGGCUAAAGAAGAUAUUGCAACUGCUUUGGUUCAUGUUAUGCAAAAACAAAAUUUAGCUAAAGAUUUUUUAUCUGACAUAGUAAUGAUGGAUAUUGAAAAAGUUGAAGAUGAUCGAUUAACAUUCAGAGGAAAUUCAUUAGCUACUAAAGCUAUGGAAGCAUAUUUAAAACUAACUGGAGAGAAAUAUUUGCAUGAAACUCUUGGAGAACUUGUGUCUAAUGUAUUACAAGCGGGUUUUGAUUGUGAAGUUGAUCCUUUAAAAGCUGGUAGUUCAUCAAACUUAGUUAAGCAGCAAGCAAAUUUAAGACACGCUGUUGAAACUACAUGGAAUAGAAUAUUAUCCUCACACACUUCAUUUCCAUUUGAACUUCGUGAAUGCUUCACAAGGUUCAGGGAACGUAUGAAUCAAACUGGACGUCACGACAUAAGUGAUAAUUUGAUAUCAGCUUGUAUAUUCUUAAGGUUCUUGUGUCCAGCCAUUCUGUCACCUAGUUUAUUUAAUAUUACUCAUGAAUACCCUAAUGAAAAGGCAGCAAGAAAUUUAACUCUUGUUGCAAAGACUUUGCAAACAUUAGCUAAUUUUACGAGAUUUCAAGGAAAGGAGAACUUUAUGGAAUUUAUGAAUGAUUUUUUAGAACGUGAAGCUGCUUCAAUGAAAUCCUUCUUGAAAAUAAUUUCUAGUCCUAUACCAAAUGGUUACUCUACACCGCAAGAUCAUUCAACAGAAUUUGAUGGACAUAUUGAUCUUGGUAAACAGCUCAGUAUACUUCAUACAUUACUCCUUGAGUGUGUUGAAAAAAUUUCUCCUGUACGUUUGCAAGAGGUAGAUAGGCUGCAUAAAAUACUGGAAAGAGUGCAAAUAGCUUUAGCUCAGCCACCUAGUGGAAGAACACCUUUAAAUUGUAUUGAAAAUCAACCAUUAGAACAAAAUAAUACCUAUCAACCAGUAGUUCAUCAAAAUAUAUUCAGGUAUAAUGAUCCAACUUCUAAAGAUCAUCAAAAAUUAUACGGUUCAACACAAGGAACUUCUUUAAAUAGCACUAAUAAUUUAGUGGGUAGUUCAACUCUAUUAUGUGAAAAACGCUCAUUGACUAAUACCCCGCGAGCUUCAACAUUACCUCGUAAUGCAUUCUUUUCGUCAAAUCCAAGCUCUCCAAAUUUACAGUUAUGUCCUAAAAUGAAGUAUGAUGAGCCUUUAACAAAUUAUAAUGGUUAUUCAUCACAUCAUCAAAAUAAUGGUCAUAAUUCAGAUGUUGAAAUGGAUCAGCAACAAAAAGGAAGCCAAAUGUCAAUUUCUACUCUGUCAAAUGUGGCAUCAUCAGGGUAUCAAAGUUUUGCUGCAUAUAGUCAGAGUUCAAGUCCAGUUGAUUUGACCAACAACAAUAAACCACCAGUAGCUAAUAGUAAUCCCGCCCUACCUCCUUUAGCAUUUGUUAACCCAGUUUAUCAACACCACCAUCAUCAUCAUCAUCACCACCAUCAUCAGAGAAAACAAAGACCUCGAUCAUGUAGUUCAUCAGAUGAUGAAAACAUACCAACUACUGAUAAAAUCUCCCAAGUUGCUCCAAGAUUUUUGCCACCUUAUCGUGCCCCAAGAACCAAUCCUCAAUGUAAUGGUGGUACAGCUAGGUCUAUGGCCUGGAAAUGGUCUCCUAAUAAAGUUAACGGUAUUAAUACCAACUUGAAAUGUGUACCUGAUGCUAAAAUAGUAAGUCCAAUUGAAAAGCCACUUAGAAGACGUGUUUCUUUAGAUUCCAGUCGUGGAAUGUCAGAAGAUUCUUCUGAAGAUGAUGAUACAAGAAACCAAAAUAUUACAAAUAAUUUAAAAACAAAUCGAACUGUUGAUAAAUUAAAUUACCAGAAAGAAAUUGAACGGCUGCAGACCAAUAUACAGAUACUUAAAUUAAAGUUAGAGCAAGCAAAUAGUCAACUACAAUCUGAACCAAACUCGCCAGAAAUAAUUGAUAAUGAACCGGAUAAUAUGAAAAAUAUAAUUGCAAGAUUAAUGUCUGUAGAAGAUGAACUUAGACGAGAACAGCGUAAAAUAUCUGAUACUUUAACACAUAAACAACGAGUUAUUGAGGCACAAGAACAUCAAAUUGCUGCAUUGGAUGCAGCCAACAACAGGUUAUUAAAUGCUUUAAGUCAUUUAAAAGAACAAUAUCAGGUUAACAACAAAACCAAUAGUCCAAGUCCAAGUAUUAACCAUCGACUUCUUGCUGAUUUAGGCGAGUUAAAGAGUUCAUCAUGUUAAAAAUGUUCAUUUAUAAAAUGAAUAUUAACAAUUCAUUCCAUAAUAAGGAAUAGUGAAUCUGUUGGUGUUGUAUUUAAUUAUAUUAAUUGACUACAAACAAUAUUUUGAAAUGGUUUUUUCAUCUAAAAUUACCAAUAUAAAUCAUAAUUUAAUAUUAUCAAGUAUUAUUAAAUAUAAAGUGUUUUUAAAUAUUUUUAAUUGUAAAUAAAAGUUCAUAAAACAACAGAUUAUUUUUUCAAUUAAGGUUUAAAUGAUUCGAAUUUAUCUGUCUAAUUUAAUAUAUAAUGAAUAUAUUUUUCCUUAUAACUGAAUUUUUUUCAGAGUGUAUUAUAAGUGAAUAAUAAAUAUUAAGUUAGCUUCUUAAUGUUCCUUAUACAGUUUUAAAUUAUUUGUUAUUAAGGCUUAUGUAUUAUUAAUAACCCAACCUGUAACAAAACAUGUAGUGUAUUAUUUUUAUUGUAAGAAUAAGUGUAAUAGUGACAUUGCUUAUUUUUAUUUUAUUUAUUAUUUUUUGUACUUCUGUUAGAUUUAUGUUGUUGAAUUGUUUAUUUUUUAUUUAUUUUUCAUAUUGAUUGGGUGUAUACAUUUAAGAAAAAAUGAAAAAAUUUUUUAUUUUAAAUUUUUUGAGUGUUUUUAUUUUUAUUUACGUAUAACAAGUUUUGUACCAAAGAUUAGGUUGACAAAUCAUUGUAUUAAUUCUUUAAGGACUGAUGAAUUAAACAUAUAUAUAUCAGAAACAA